AUGUCAGCUCCAACUGCAGUCGGCGGCGGCACGGCACCGCUCGCAGCACUCACCUCCAUAUUUACGCCUCCCUGUCCCACUUCUUCCUGGCUCCUGACGACCACCCGGUCGUUUUCGCAGUACCCACCAUUCCCAACAGCUGGCCCCGCGUGGUGCGGCCCACCCUCGUGGAGGACCAACAUCGCCGGAGCUGGCUUCCAUUACUACUCCCCCGCCAUCUGCCCAUACGGCUUUGUCGUCGGUCCCGAUUGCGGUAUCACCAAGACCCGGACGGACGAAGGGUUUCCGACGAUCGCGCCAGGAGAGACGGCCGUGUAUUGCGUGCCUAGCGGCUUGACCUGUACCACCGACCUCACUGACUACCGCGGGGGCGUAUGGGGUGUCGCGACUGCUACUGUAUCGUCCAGCACAACCACAUACACCCUCGGGCCAGCCAUUCAGAUUCGAUGGGCUAGCACAGACCUGUCUGUACUUGAGACGCAUCCCCUUACACCAGGUCUCGGGCCUCAACCUCCUCCUAGGACAGAUUCACCCGAGACACAGUCCACUACCACCGCCACCGCCGCCAUCAUCCCCGUGAUGGGAGAAACCACCACCUCCUCCGGUCCGGCCACCCAAACCACCGGGAACGUAGGGACUCGAGCCGGGCCAGCGGCAGAUGGAGGGGCCGAGCCGAAAAGCUCGGCCACGCCAACCGACUUUGACGACUACUCGAACUCGUUCACACAUAUCUUUGAGAGCAUAGGGCCGACCGGAAACACUCAGCCCACCAAUUCGGCUGACGACAACACCAGCGGCGGCAUUGGCUCGCUCAAUCGGACCAACAGUAUCAUCGUGAUCGUCGUGGUAACCGUGGUCGCAGGCAUCAUCCUCUGGAUCGGCGCCUUUCUGCUCGUUCGACGGUACAAGAAAAAAGCCGCACAACGCAACGGUAACCGCUCCCCGCGCUCGACCAAGGAAGGAUACGAAACCAGCCUCGAAAAUGGCUACCGCGAUCGGCCCCAGCGCCGACACACGCGAGCGGAAUCCGGAGCGCCACGAUCUCUCGUAAGUCCCGUGUCAGAGCUAGACGCGGCACCCUCCCCACCCCUCAUCUCGCCCGCGAUCGGGAGCACCCCCAACCCAGCCGAGCUUGAAGGCGACGUCAGCCUCCAGCCACCGCCCAAGACGUGGGUGCAUCAGCGACUCUGGCCACGCAGCCCGUCUCAGCAACACCUACUUCACUCUGCAGCCGCCGCGCCCUUGUCCUCGCCACGGUCGACACAAUCGACCUCGACCCGGUCGGCGCGCCGCACGGUACGCGAGUCGUUUGGCGAAAAAGUCAACGAUCCCGCCGCGGCGCUGGGCAGGUUGCGGAUCCCGAUCCCGUUGUCCAUCGGGCGGCCGUCGCCGACGUCGGCUAGCCCGAGCGCGCGUAGCUUCUGGAGGAUGCCAUCGCGCAGUCCGCGGCAUCCAACGGCUGCUGCGGGUAUAAGUACGCCGCCGAGCACGGCUGGAUUGACGGGUUUGCCGGGCGCUGUUGCAGCUGCGAGAUUGAGCGCGCAAUUGCCUGGUACUGGGACGUCGCCGAGACCGAGUCCAGGGCUUCCGAAGAGCCGGCGGAAUAGUGUGGCCAACGCUCGUGCAUCGAGGGCGAGCACACCGGGGCGGGGGAAGCCCGGGUGGCAAGGCGAUUCCGAGGGCGCGCAGGUGUGA